AUGACUUCCGAAACUCUCGUCCCCGAUAACUCAGCCAUCUCUUCUCCUCCCGCCAAACGAGCCAAGACCGCCGCCACAAUGGAAGCCCCCCCAGCCCUCCAGAUCAAGAAGCUCUCCGAGAAGGGUCGUCUUCCUACUCGCGGUAGCGAAUUUGCUGCUGGAUACGAUAUCUACGCUGCCAAGGACACAACUAUUCCUGCUCGUGGAAAGGCGCUUGUCGAUACUGAUAUUAGCAUGGCUGUCCCUGCUGGAACUUAUGGUCGUAUCGCUCCCCGAUCAGGUCUGGCUUCCAAGCACUUCAUCGACACCGGCGCUGGUGUUAUCGAUGCCGAUUACCGUGGCCAGGUCAAGGUUCUUCUCUUCAACCACAACGAGUCCGACUUUGAGAUCAAGGAGGGUGACCGCAUUGCUCAAUUGAUCCUCGAGCGCAUCUACACACCCGAGGUUGUUGAGGUCCAGGAGCUCGAGGAGAGUGUUCGAGGUGCUGGUGGUUUCGGAAGCACUGGUUAG